GGAAUCAUCAUCAAAACUGGAUGAGGGAAAAAUAAGAAACUCAAACAGAGGUAAAAAUGUUGAUUAAGUUGAUGAUGAUUCGGAUAAAGAGACUCACUACUUCAGGGGAGGGUUGAUUGUGGUGGUGGUGGAGGUUUAACUUGCUUAACUUUCCACCACCACCACCACCAUGAUGAUGAUGAUGAUGAUGGGUAAUCAGUUUUAAUUGUGACUGUUUCCUUACUCUAAUCAUUUCUUAUUCUUGUUUCUUUUUUCAACCAACAGUCACUAUCUUAUUGUUUUGCUUGUUUUCUUGUUGAUUUUGUUUAAUCACUUCUCUUAUACUUGUACUUGGGAUUUAAAUUGUUUGUGUUUGUAUUUCAUAGUAAUCAACUGAUUGUCAUUAGAAACAAUGGUUUAUGAUGAGGUAAACAACAUCCUAAAUGAUCAACAAUUAGAAUCCAAACCAACUUAUUUAGGGUUUGAUUUCAGCACGCAACAGUUGAAAGCCAUUGCCAUUGAUGAUUCAUUGGAGAUAAUUCAUCAAGCAAUUGUUCAAUUUGAUUCUGAUUUACCAGAAUUCAGGACCCAUGGAGGUGCCAACAAGCGGGAGGGAGGCAAUGAGGUGACUGCACCGCCCUUGAUGUGGGUUAAGGCCCUUGAUAUGGUGCUUGAGAGACUGAAAAUUUCUGGCCUUGACUUUGGUACCGUUCAAUCAAUCAGUGGAACAGGUCAACAACACGGGUCCGUUUAUUGGAGAAAAGGUUCAAGGGAAAAAUUAAAGAACCUUAAUUCAGCCAAAUUCUUACACCAUGAACUUCAAGAUGCUUUUGCACUUCGAGAUUCACCAAUUUGGAUGGACUCAUCGACGACGGAACAAUGUAAUGCUCUUGAAAAAGCGCUUGGUGGGCCUGAAAAGUUGGCAGCGAUAACUGGAUCCCGAGCCUAUGAACGAUUCACUGGAUCACAAAUCGCUAAAAUUGCUUCGACUCGACCUGAAGUGUACAAUUCAACCGAGCGAAUAAGUUUGGUCAGUUCGUUUGCUGCUUCUUUAUUUCUCGGUGAUUAUGCUCCGAUUGAUCUAUCUGAUGGAUCCGGUAUGAAUCUUUUGGACAUUUGGUCGGGCAAAUGGUCACAAAUCUGUUUGGAUGCGAUAGCACCUGAAUUACGCACUAAAUUGGGCGAUGAAGUCGUUCCAACGGCCACAGUGGUCGGUAAAAUUUCAAGUUACUAUGUUGAUCGAUACGGUUUCCCAGAGAAAACUUCAAUCGUCGCAUUUACUGGGGACAAUCCGGCUUCUUUGGUGGGUAUGGUUCUGGACGAAGGAGAUAUUGGUGUUAGUCUGGGUACAUCAGACACGGUCUUUCUCUCUCUUCGAAAUCCAAAGCCAACUGUCAACUGGCAUAUUCUUGUCAAUCCAAUCAACCCGUCUGAUCAUAUGGCCUUAUUAUGCUUCAAAAAUGGUUCUCUAACCCGAGAAAGAAUUCGAAAUGAAACAGCCGAAGGAAGUUGGACUAUCUUCAACGAACUUAUUGAAUCAACACCUCGAGGUAAUUUCGGUAACAUUGGUUUUUACUUCGAUUGUACUGAAGUUUAUCCUCUAGUAAAAGGAGACUUUCGAUUCAAUAAAUUCAACGAAAGGGUCGCUCGACUUUCCAAAGAGGUCGAAGCUCGAGCUUGUAUUGAAGGUCAAUUCUUACGACUCCGUCUCCAUGCAGCUUCUUUAGGAUAUACUGAGAUUACCGAUUCCUGUAUAAAAGUGACCGGUGGAGCUUCGGCCAAUAAAACUCUUCUUCAAAUCUUAUCCGAUGUUUUUAACAAGCCAGUUUAUCGACAAACAAUGGCCAACUCAGCCUCUUACGGAACCGCACUAAUGGCCAAAUACGCUUUGAUCGGAGAUAAAAUAAGUUUCAAAGAGAUGACAAGUAGCCUGAAGAUGUUCAGCUUGGUUUGUGUACCAUCAAAAGACGCUCAUUCCAUUUACACUCCUAUGGUUGAAAGAUACAAGAUUUUGGAAGAAAAAAUCAAAUCAGAAUCAGAACAAUAAUCUCACAUGAAACUGAAAUUGAAACUAAUUUUCACCUUUUCUUUUAAAAUCAACUGUACGAAACUGUAUCACACUUGAUGUUUUUCAGCAGAAAAUGAAACCAUUCACAUUUUUGACAAAAUUAGUUGACAUUUAUUAUCAAUGCAAGAAAAAAGCAAAGCUUAUUUUUAUCCUCUUACACUUUGUACCAAAAAAAGACAAAUAAAUUGAUAACAAUUUAAAUUUGA